UUUUGACCACCUUCAACAACCUCGCAAUGGAAGCUCACAAAACGGCCGUAGACACGCUGGCCGCUCAAGUCAAGCGAUUCCACGCUCGUCAGCAGCCCUUCCGCAUCUAUCAUGGCUCGACCAACUCCACGCGCCAAUCGCAGCACCACGCGCACAACACCAUCAGCACCGCCGACCUCAACCAUGUCCUGCACGUCAACGAACUCACCCAGACCGUGACUGUCGAGCCCAACGUGCCGAUGGACGCCCUGGUGGCCGCCACCCUCGAGCACGGCCUCGUGCCGCUAGUGGUGAUGGAAUUCCCCGGCAUCACGGCGGGCGGCGGCUUCUCCGGCACAUCCGGCGAGAGCAGCUCGUUCCGCCACGGCUUCUUCGACGCCACCGUCCUGCAGAUCGAGAUCGUGAUCCCGAACGGGGAGAUCCGGUCUGCGUCACGCACCGGCCCGACCGCCGAUCUCUUCUGGGGCGCCGCCUCCGCCUUCGGCACGCUGGGCGUCGUCACGAUGCUGGAGAUCCAAUGCCGGCCGGCGCUGCCCUUCGUCGAGCUCACCUACCUCUCCACCACCAGCAUGCCCGAGGCCCUGGACACCAUCCGCGCCGCCACCGCCGACCCGACAGUCGAGUACCUGGACGGGAUCGUCUACGCCAAAGACCACAUCGUCAUCUGCGCCGGCAAGCUGACCGACACCUUCCCCACGGCCUCAUCCCCACCAAGUAUCCAGCAAUUCACCCGCCCCCACGACCCAUGGUUCUACCUCCACGCCCAAUCUCGCGCCCCGCGCUCCUCCUCUCCAGAUCCAGAAACCCCGCCGCCGAAAGACCACAUCCCCCUCCAAGACUACCUCUUCCGCUACGACCGCGGCGCCUUCUGGACCGGCCGCUACGCCUACUCCUACUUCCUGACCCCCUUCACCCACCUCACCCGCUACCUUCUCGACGGCUUCAUGCACACCCGCGUCAUGUACCACGCCCUGCACCAGAGCGGCCUCGCCGCCCAGUACCUGAUCCAGGACGUCGCCGUCCCGUACGCCGCCACCCCCACCUUCCUGGACUGGUUGGACUCGUCGGAGAACUUCGGCCACUACCCCAUCUGGCUGUGUCCGUUGCGCGUGCGCGAGGAAGGCGGCGGGCUGAUGACUACCUCCGGAAGACGCCGGCCCCAAACCCAAACAGCCCCUAGUACUCGGCCGGACAAAGCCGACGACAGCGAGGACGACCAGUACCUCAUGAACUUCGGCCUAUGGGCCCCCUCGCCGUACCGCGGGGCCGCCUUCAUCGACCAUAACCGCCGUCUCGAGCGGAAGGUCCACGCCCUCGGCGGCAAGAAGUGGCUGUAUGCGCAUGCGUACUACACGGAAGACGAGUUCUGGGAGAUCUAUGAUUGGGACCGGUACCAAGGGUUAAGGGAGAGGUAUCACGCGGUGUAUUUGCCGGAUUUGUUUGAGAAGGUAAGGGUGAGGUUAGGGCAAUCCGAAAAUGGGGAGGGGGUGGGGUGGGUGAAGUGGGGGAGGGGGUUGGUGGGGAGGGUGUGGCCGGUUCGGGGGUUGUAUGGGGUUUGGAGGGCUUGGUGGGGGGGGGAGUAUUAUUUGAAGGAAUAG